AUGGUCAAUGAAAAGCCCAAGGAAGGAGUCAAGACUGAGAAAAAUAAUCGAAAUAUUAAUUUGGAGUUGGUGGGGCAGGAUGCUUCUGUGGUGCACUGUAAGAUUAAGAGGCAUACAACACUUAGCAAACUAAUGAAAGCUUACUGUGAACUACAGUUGAAAAUAGAGGAUGAAGAUAAAACUGAUGUUUUCCAGCAGCAGAGAGAAGGUGUCUACUAA